UGGGCCCGGGAUGGAGAAGCAGUUGCAGAAGUUCUUCUCGUUGUUCUACAUCUCCAUAAACGCCGGCAGUCUUUUGUCCACUUUUAUAACGCCUAUCCUUCGAGAGGACGUCCAGUGUUUCGACCAAGCUUCGUGUUAUCCGUUGGCUUUCGGAGUGCCGGCUGUCCUCAUGUGUGUGGCGCUCGCGCUCUUCGUUUUGGGCCGAUUUCUCACCAAUUAUGUCAUGAUUCCCCCCAAGAAGGACAGUGUCGUCGUCCAAGUGGUCUCCUGUGUCUUCACAUCACUUUCGAGAAAAUGGUUCAAAAGAAUGCCUAAAAGAGAUCACUGGUUGGACUACGCGGACGACAAGUUUGAUGCGACAACCAUAGCCGACAUUAAGGCUGUGAUGAGAGUACUGUUUUUAUAUCUACCACUUCCUAUCUUCUGGGCCCUCUUUGACCAACAG